AUGCGUCAACUUCAAACAAUUCUGGUGUUGAUGACCCUGGUGAACCCCUCCUUCCGCGCCCUCGAGCAACUACCUUCCGCAACCACCUUCGCAGGGCUUUGCCGCGCGGCGGCGGAGGUGGAGAUCCAGAAGGCCCCCGAGAAGGCGGAGAUGUUUGUGACCACGUCGCACUUGUACAAGAGACAUUUGGCCAAGUAUUUUUGUGAGGGGAGUGCAUCGUCAUCACCUCGUGCAGAUUCCCUGAUAGCUCUUGAACUUGGAGUGUACCAUGGCCACACCACAGCUGUUUUGGCAGCGAUCUUCAAGAAAAUCAUUUCGGUGGACAUCGAGAAGGAAUACUUAGAGAUUGCGGCCAAGCACUGUGAUGGGCACGCGAAUGUGGUUUUUCUUCACAUGGACUUGAUGGCCGAUGAUUGGGGCCUCUUCGCCAGCAACCGUGUGAAUGUAGCGAUCAUUGACGCCAAUCACCACUACGAACAUGUGAGGGCCGAUGCACAGAAUGCCCUGCGCCACCUGCCGCAGCUGCAGUACCUGGUCUUCGAUGAUUACAAUGAAGAUGGGGUGGCCCUGGCAGUAGAUGAGCUGGAACAUGCAGAUGUUUUAGUGGAGUGCGAGGCGAUAGGACAUGGUUGGAAUGGAUCUUUGUGGGAAUUCUGGGACUGGGACCCUGCCAGUGGUCAACAGUUCAGGAGGUGGACCAAUCGAUCAGAAGGGAAAAUCUGCAAGCGCGGCCCUGGAGCUGAAGGGACACACCUUCGUCCAAGCUUUGCAGAUCGACGCUUCUUCCUUUAUCGGCAGCCUUUGACGCACUUGUGUCAGGCUGGCGUGGUGCGUUUCCUUCCGAACGGGACCUUGUUGACAUCUGCCUGGGACAGUGGGAGAUGGACCGUGGAUUCAAGACCUGGGAGGGAUGUGUUGAUGGUACAUCUGCCUGGCAUGUUGAUGGAGCCUAUGGAACUCUUCUUCAAUUUCGGCCGAACGGCUUUCUAUUUGUCUCGAAGAGGCAGUUUAGAGGCGGAUUGGUUUGGCAUUGGUGACCAUUUGGUCCAUCGCCCUUUUCAAUUUGCGAGUAAUUUGUUCUGA